AUGACCCAGAAUGCCUUCGAUUCCCGCGAAACAUCGUAUGAUCUCCAAGAGGACUGGAAUAACUUCAGUCAGUGGCAGACUGAAGCGAGCACCCCGGUGUGGCAGGCACCAACACCUGGCUUUCUCAGUUCAGCUGCGUCGAAUACCUCAUUCACUGAUCAUCAUAGCUCCCUUCAAGCCGAGUCACAGUCGCAAUUCUCUGUCCCUCCACUCCUCCAGUCGGAUAACUUUGCUGUCCAUUAUGCAGUCGAGUGGAAAGCCACCUUGAACAAGCGUCCGGUGCUACACGAAACAGAGGAUUCAGAGAUGAAACCAAGAGAAUUCUGGGAGUCAUAUCUCAAACCAAAGAUCGACAAACUUUUGGCCGAUAACUUUCCGGAUAAAAUGCUGCAAAUCGUGAACACAAAUCUCAUGGUUUUGGUGGAUGAGCGUGGUUAUAGAAACAAAAUAAAGUUGAUCAGACAAUUUCCGAAACUCAAGAUUGACUGGCACGUUGUAGAGAGCCAAUUAAUCGAAUGGGCAGAGUUAAUGGCAGAUAUCUCAAGCGAGAAGUGA